AUGAUGUGGAGGCUGAUGCGGGUGUUCCUGGUUGGUGGCUUGCUUGCCAAUUGGACUUGGGACACGGAUAAUUAUAUCCAAUUGUAUCAUACUAAUGAGGCUUGGGGGGCAGAUCGAUAUCACUCACUCUUUCGGCGAGCUCGGACACCGCUCUUCGGCAUCUUAUCGGUCUCUUCACCGCCGGUCAACGCCUGCAUCUGCCACAGCGGUUAG